CCGACCUGCGGGGGGCAGCAAUGAGCCUCGGGGCAUCUGACCUGCCGGAAAUUCAUGAGAAGAAGAAGAAGAGCAAGUUUGCCCCGUCCCUGCUGGGAGCUCAGUGGUGGUUCAAUACCAAGGAGGAUCCUCGGUAGGAGAUGCGAGCGGUGUUCCGGCUGGCAGUCGUGGCAGUCCCUAUGGGUGUGCUGCUGUCCCGGACCAUGGCGUGGAUGUCCAGCGGCAAAACACAUCCAGAGCUCAUCAGCCGGCUCAGGGAUCAUGGGGUGAUCCGCAGCGACAGAGUGUUUGAGGCCAUGCUGGCUACAGACAGAGGGCUUUACUCUAGAGAUUACCCCUACGCAGACUCUCCUCAGUCCAUAGGCUACAGAGCUACGAUCAGCGCGCCACACAUGCACGCUCAUGCUCUCGAGGUGCUGAGUGACAAGCUGAUUGAAGGGGCGUCGGCCCUUGAUGUGGGCUCAGGGAGUGGCUACCUUACUGCCUGCUUUGCAAGGAUGGUCGGGCCCAGUGGUAAAGUGGUUGGCAUUGAACAUAUUGAUGAAUUGGUUCAAAGGUCAGUGAAGAAUGUGCAGUCUGAUGACCCGGAGCUGCUCUCAUCUGGACGCAUCAAACUUGUAGUGGGGGAUGGAAGGCUUGGCUACCCCGAUGGAGCACCGUACGAUGCCAUUCAUGUUGGUGCAGCCGCGGCUACAAUUCCCAAGGCUCUCCUGGAGCAGCUGAAGCCGGGCGGGCGGCUGGUGCUGCCGGUGGGUCCGGACGGCGGCAGCCAGGUCCUCGAGCAGUACGACAGGCAAAGUGACGGCACCUUUCUCAAGAAGGCGUUGAUGGGAGUGGUGUAUGUUCCCCUGACUGACAAGAGGCACCAGUGGCCCGGAGAAGAGCUCUGACUGCAGUGUGGUUGCCCCUGCAGGAGGUGGCGCUGGUGCUGCAGCUCCGGGGUCUCGUAACGCUCCUUCGUGUUUUUUCACAAAGCUCCAGUCUCAUGGCCACCUGCUCUGCUGGCCUGUCACCUAGCAACGUGCAAGGAGAGUCUUGCCCUCUUUGCCUGAGCGGCUCGUCCUCCUGUAGCGCUGAGAGAGCAAGCGACUGACCAGCAGCCUAACACUGGACUGCCUCCUCAUGCCUAUUUACCCAGAAUGCAGCGAGUGAGAAGCAGAGAGAGCGGGACAGUGGAUGAUGUGUUCAGGGUCACUGCAGUGAGUCACAGCAUUUUGCACUGGGAGGUUUUUUCAGCUGAGCAGUGACAACAUCACAUUCAACGGCUUGUAUUCUUGCUUUCGGGUGUUUGUGGAAAACUCUGAAUGUGAAAUUAGAACUGUGUGUGUAAUCUCAUAGGAAUGAUUUGAUUCUGAAUGCAGGUAAACCAACCCUGUGUGCAAGCCAGGGGAUUUUAAUAAAAGUUCCUCAAAUCAACUCAACUACUAAUUCAAACGACUAAAUCAACAAAACUAAUUUCUGUUUUGUGUCGUGUAAGACUUGCUGCUUGUUUUGCUUUGUAUAGUGAGUGUGUGUGUCCCCAGUCACACCCAGUAGAGCAGGAGGACAAGUAUCGCAAAUUGAUCUGAGAAUUAAAAGUUUUGUAACCAUACAGUGUAAAUUGCCUGUACACUAAUCAGAUUUACUAAUAAAACCUAAGAAAUGUU